AUGAGUCACCUACCAGGAAAGGAGUUAAAUGGAACAACUGCCCAAAGUCAGGAUCUGGUUCCUUGUACGACCUGUGGAAGACAUUUUGCACAAGCUGUUCUGCUGAGGCAUGAUCCAAUAUGCAGGAAAGUCUUUAACAAGAAGCGCAAACCCUUCAACUCUUUGAAACAGAGACUGCAGGGAACAGAAAUCACCACUGUGAAGACAAAGCCUUCACAAAAGAAACAGCCGGGGAAGAAAUCUAACUGGAGGCAGCACCACGAGGAUUUUAUUAAUGCUAUUCGGUCAGCCAGGCAGGCCACAAAAGCUCUGAAGGAGGGCCGCCCUCUUCCGCCUCCUCCCCCACCAAGCAUCAAUGCAGACUAUAUUCAGUGUCCGCACUGCUCACGGAGAUUUAAUGAGGCUGCAGCACAGAGGCAUGUGAAGUUUUGUGAAGAGCAAGCUGCCCGCCGUGCCUUUGCUGCAAAGGCCACCAGACAGGCUUCGAACAAGCAGCCAGUGACUCAGAGAAAACCUCCAAUCAUAACAACUGCUGCAGUAAUGCUUCAGAGGAGAGAACAAUGUGGCAGUACAGAUGAUCCCUGGCCAAGCUAG